AUGCCUCCCACAACCUUCACGGAUGACGACUUCCACACCCUUGGCGCUGUCUUCUCCACCCCUCAUCUGGCCAUGAAGUUUCCCUCCCCAUCUGGCGACAUCCUCACCAUUCAUUGCGAUCAACGCCUUGCACGCGAAUGCUACAUGGCCAGCCUACGCCCAAAACUCCCUAUCCAGCAAACCAAUCACAUCGAGCGACCACCCGGCUCUAGGAUCACUCUAUCUGGUGACGAUCUAGACCCUAGAGUGGGCUGGGAUGUUCGUCUCGAACCUGUUGAAGAGACCACCCCCCUGGAGCUCCCAAAUGUCCACUUCAUCAAACUUGGCACCGGUCUAGAAUCUGAAGAGCGUGACAUCAUCACACCCAUCCUAAUCGGCAACACGAACCUCUUUGCUUGGUCAACUCCCGACUUGCCUGGAGUUGACCUUCAAGUAGCAUCUCACAAGUUAUCUAUCUACAAAAAGGCCCGGUAUAUCUCCCAAAAAAAACGCAAACUUGACGAGGAGCGACGCCUAGCAGCCAAGGCCGAGGCUGAUAAAUUACUAAGCGCAGGGUUCAUCGAAAAAGCUCACUAUACCACUUGGCUCUCUAACGUGGUCCUGGUUAAGAAAGCCAACGACAUGUGGCAGAUGUGUGUUGAUUACACGGAUCUUAAUAAAGCCUGUCCCAGAGAUGCCUACCCCUUACCAAAUAUUGACCGACUUGUUGACGGCGCGACCGAUAACAAGGUCCUCAGCGUUCUUGAUGCAUACUCUGGUUACAAUCAAAUCCCCAUGGCCAAAUCCGACAUGAACAAAACCGCUUUCAUCAUAGAUGACGCCAAUUACUUCUACAGGGUCAUGCCAUUUGGCCUUAAAAAUGCUGGAGCGACCUACCAACGAUUGAUGGACAAAGUCUUCAGUCAUUCAAUACGUUGA